CAGCGCCAAUCCUUUGCCAGCUGCUCCAGAGGGCGGCCCCGCACCUGUUUGCCCGUCGUUUCCACGCCCGCGGUGUGAGCGCUGAGCUGCCCUUGCUGGCUAAACCCCUGCCCUCGCCCGUGGCCGGGGGCCAUGCGGUUCCUCGUUCCCGUGGCUGCCCUCUUCGGCGGCGCUGCCGCGCAAAUUGGGCGCGUCACCAGCGUCCGAAUUCCGUGCGCCUUGGCCCCACCCCACGCCCCUCCCCCCGCAGCUCGCACCAGAUGCUCGCCGGCUACCAGUCGGCCUCGGACGUCGGGCCGCACUCGAUGAUCGACCUCGACAUGGAGGAGCUUGAAACUAAGGUGGGCGAGUACGCCACCAACGCAAACUGGAUCACCGAGGCCAUGUUCAUCUACGAGAACGGCGGCGGCGGCUUGUGUUCGCAGGCCGACGUCGACGCGGCGAUGACCUCGGACACGACGCCCUGGUGCACGGACACGACUCAGGCCUUCGGCAACUCCCAGAAGUCCACCUCGAUCCGCACGCUCAAGGGCUUCGCGACGAAGAACUACGCUUCGGACAAACUCACCGGCGCGGAUGGUGGGAAUUACGGCGAGCGGAUGCCCCCGAUCUACGCCGGCUACUGGAACGACUGGGCGUGGGCAGACACGUUCAUCACGAAGGACUACUCCGCGACAGUCAAACCCUCUGGGUGGAACCAGCUCAUCAAGAAGGGCGCCAACUACCAGGCGGUCUGGAUGUACGUCCUCCACGAGCUUGAGGACGCAAUCGGCGACUGCUACGCCGGCGACAUCUACGCCAACGACGGGACCCCGACCGGCGGCGCGCCGCACGCGUGGGACGAGGGCUGGGCGUUCUACGCCGGCUCUCAGGUCGCGGCGACGGCGGCCGGCGCCGUCACGGACGACGGUACGCUGAUCUGGGAGCUCGCGGAGAAGCGCGGCAAGGGUUUCGACACCACACACUCCACCGGCCCCGCCACGGUGAACGUCAAGCUCCUCGCCAAAUUCAUUGAGGGCCGCGACCUCAUCAUUGCCGGCAAGUGCGCCGAAGCCGAGUCCCUCGUCGACCCGAUCCGCGCUCAGAUGACGGUGCCGCUCGUCCAGGGCACGCUCAAUUACGCGUUGAAAGCGGCGGACCCGGCCAACGCCAUUAGCGCUUGCGUCGUCGACGCCGGCAAGAACGCCAUGACCGCCAGCGACGAUUGCGUCGAGUCGUGGGCCGAUGCCUGGGCCUUCGCCGCGGCCGUGCUCCCGCAGGUCGCCGAGUGCGACUGGGGAGCCGCCGAGACGAUCAGGUAUAACUUAGACAUCGAAGCGGCGGCGCCGGUGCAAGGGGGCUUCUACAGCGUCAAGUCGGCGAUCGAGUCGACGUACCGGUGCCUGGGCAUCACGUGCGCCGACGUCGGCGCUUACCCGGGCACCAUGCCCUGCAGUGAACCCGACGACGAUGACGACGACGACGACGACGACGACCUCCUCGACGGCGGCCUAAGGGAGGUCAUGUCCCUGGCGCCCAUGGGCCUCGCGGCGAUCGGACUUACGUUCACCGGUAUUAGCAUCGCUGCGAUCGCGAAUGCGUUCCAGGAACAGUGCGCCCUGGGCCCCACGAUCAUCUUCGAGGCCGGAACCACACAUCCCUACUACAUCACCCCGAACCUGUGCACGAUCGGCGCCCACACGUACUCGUCCAAGAAGACUGUGCGCGACGCGUCGCCGCGCAAGGUGUGCCGCAAGUUCUGCGAAGCGGCGUCCGCUUCUGGGAAGCUGGCGCUCAAGCAGGUGCACGGCCUGACGUGUUACUGCAAGAGGAAAUGAUCAGGGGUCGAACUCUCCUCCUUCUCUGGACCCGCCCGCGAACCUGACCUUUCCCUUCUUUUGAAACCUGGGGCUGCCGGCCGCCCGUCGGGCGCGGCGUGACACAUCAUAACAGAGGCCUCGGGACCGCCGGCCGUAUGGCUGACGAGGUCUGGGAGGGGGAUCUCAAAUAUGAAUAAAAAACGGG